AGUCUCAAGUUUUGUCUCGCGCUAACAUUGAACGAAUCAAGAGUGAGUCCAGCGAAAGUGAAAAUAAUAAUACACACAUUUUAAAAAAAAUGAAUAUGAGAAUUGUGCUAUGUUUAAUCGUAAUUCUAAUGACUUUGGAAAAAUCUUCGGGUCAAAAUGAAAACAGCUAUGAAUCAGUGAUUGACAAUUCCAAAAGCGCAAUUGAAAAAUAUAAACAAUUGCAAAUUUAUUACAAACGAAAUGUUGAAUUAAAAGAUAAAUUGAUUGAAACAUUGACAAAUAGUAUAAUUAAAUUAGAACGUCAAAUUGAUAAUUGUAAUAUGACUUCAAAAUAUCAAAAGGAAUUAUCCGAUGAAUUUUCAAAUAAACUUACCGCCGAAAACAAUCGGGUUCAUCAUUUCAACCAAACGUUAAUCGAAACCCAACAAAAACUUUACUCAAGUGAAAAAACCAUUUUGGCUUUAGAGCAACAGUUGAAAGAUAAUAAAACUGAAUUAGAUGCAAAAAACAAAGACAUAAGUGAAAAGGGCAUUACCAUUCAGGAUCAGUUGAUUAGAAUAAAGAUUUUAGAGACGGAGCGCGACGAAAAUAAAAUAAAGAUUCGUAGUUUAGAGUCAAAUCUUGACAUUUGUACUAAUGAAAUACAAACAAAGAAUCAAGAAACAACUGAACUGAAGACCCAGCUCAAUUUAUCUACUGCUAAGAUCAACGAACAGAAUGAGAUAAUUACUUCAAACUUGACCACUUGCAAGGCCUCAAGCUGUGAGGCAUAUGGCACCUCUAGCAGCAUUCAUACUAUACAAGUCCCUGGAGUUGAUCCCUUCAAGGUCCUGUGCGACGGUCACCUCAAUGGCACCGGAUGGACCGUUAUACAGCGACGGAUAAACGGCAGCGUUAGCUUCUAUCAAAGCUGGACGGAGUAUAAGAACGGAUUCGGUAAUCUCACUGGCGAGUUCUUCAUUGGUCUGGAGAAAUUACACCACAUGACCAAAGCCGAACCACAGGAGCUCUAUAUCCACUUGGAGGACUAUGAGGGACAGACACGUUAUGCCAAAUAUGAUAAAUUUGAAGUGGGAAGUGAGCAGGAAUCGUAUGCCCUUAAGUCCUUGGGAAGCUUUGAAGGAACUGUCAGCGAUCAAUUGCGUUUGAAUGAGGGUGAAAAGUUCAGCACAUUUGAUCGUAAAAAUGAUAGGAGCUUCACAAAUUGUGCAGUAGCCUUAAGUGGAGGCUGGUGGUACAGCAAAUGUGGACUUACUAACUUGAAUGGAGUCUACCUAUUUGGGGAUACGGUAUAUGACACUUAUGGUAAAGGCAUCUUCUGGGAUGACGACGAUUGGCAUGACACCAAUUAUUCUUUGAAAACGGUUCAAAUAAUGAUACGUGCCCGUAAAGCUUAAUAAAUUUAAUAAAAUGUAACAACAAAUUUGCUCAA